GGGAGGGGCCUCAGGACACAGGGCUGUGCAUGGGUGUGGGUUCUGGUCUGAGAGGGGACCAAGUACCGUGCCAGCAGCCCAGCAAACAGGAUGCUGCCACAGGGGUCCUGGGGGAGGAAGAGUGGGAGUAAGGAGAUUGAUUGGCCCACGUCCACACAUCUCCUAUUUAUCAGGACAAACUUGCUGAACAGCAUAUCUUCCGUCAGUUGCUGUCAUGACAGAGUGAGUGCUGCCUGACACCCCAUCCAUUUCCCUUACUGGGAAACUAGUGUCCUCAAGGCAGGUCUUUAGAGCUGGAAGGCAAUUUAGAGACCAGUCUAUCCCAAUCCAUCUUUUUUCCUGAAAGAAAAUCCGAAUCCCAGAUGGUGUGCGUGUGGUUUUAUCAAAUUCCCCGGGAUACCCAGGUCACAAAUGGCACAGGAAGCCUAGAAUUCAGCUGGCUGUGUCCUUUCCAACAUGUAAGAGAGAAAUGGUGUGAUCGACAGUGUAACAGAGGAGCCACUAGUAGUGACAUGGCAGACCCUCAGGACAACACUCUGAGGAUUGUUUUGGUGGGGAAAACUGGAAGUGGGAAGAGCGCAACGGCCAACACCAUCCUGGGGAGUAGAGUCUUUGAGUCUAGAGUUGGUCCCUAUACUGUCACCGUCAAGUGUCAAAAAGCAUCCAAGGAAUGGAAGGGGAGGAAACUUGUUGUUGUUGACACCCCAGGGCUCUUUGACACCAAGAAGACCCUGGAUACCACGUGCAGGGAAAUCAGCCAGUGUGUCCUCUACUCCUGCCCUGGGCCCCACGCCAUCAUCUUGGUCCUCCAGGUGGGCCUCUACAGGGAAGAAGAGCAGAAGACCGUGGCAUUGAUCAAGGCUGUCUUUGGGAAGCCAGCCUUGAAGCACAUGAUCGUGUUGUUCACUCGCAAAGAUGACUUGCAGGAGAAGAGCCUGAGUGACUUCUUGGCAGAUUCAGAUGUGAAGCUAAGAAACAUCAUCAGCGAGUGUGGGAACCGCUACUGUGCCUUCAACAACAGAGCCUCAGAGGCCGAGAAGGAAGCUCAAGUGCAGGAGCUGGUGGAGCUGAUAGAGGAGAUGGUGCGGAGCAACGGAGGGGCUUACUUUACCGAUGCCAUU